AUGACCGGUGGACAGUUAUCCGAUCAGAUUUGGUACUGGGGAAAUGUCGACAAAUAUGUGGUGUCUGAGGUUUUAUUUCUUCUUCAACAGAUAAUGCAGGAGCAGCCAGAAGGCACAUUCAUGGUUCGCGAUGCGUCCUCACCUGGCGACUACACCUUAACCGUAAGGUUUGGUAACAAUACAAAAUUAGUAAGAAUACAUGUCUACAAAGGGCGUUGUGGCUUUGCGCUAGAGUCUCUCACUCAUGAUUCUGUUGUGAGUCUUAUCGACUUCUACCGAACACGAUCACUCAAGUGUUACAAUGCUCAACUUGAUGUUUGCUUAAAAUAUCCGCUUCCACGACGAAAGCAAUCAAUUCGGACAGUUGAUCCACAGAACACUCCGUGCGUAUCCCCUUCGCUACCAACCUUUAACGCAGACUGGGAUCUUCGACUCGGUCUAGAACGCCUUAGAAUAUGUCAAACAGAAGUUGACCGUGCUGCUCGUCUGUUUGACGCCGUUCAUGAAGAGAAGAAACUAGCUGACCAGCUUCACUAUGAGUAUACCCAGGCGAUCGUCGAUCUAGAUCGAAAAGUUAAACAAAUUGAGGAGGCCGUGAACACUAUUCAAAACUGUGAAGAAUUUAACGACGAAAGUGAUUUGAAGCGGCUCCAAGCGUUCAUAGCUAACUGUAAGGUUAUGGAAUGUAGUAUAAAAAAGUUGAAGGAAGAACGCGAUCUUGUGGUAGAUCGGCGUGCUCGGGUUAGCAAAGCUAUAGAGGACCUCAACCUGGCAUCAUCGCAUGCGAAGGGGCGUUUGGUAUCAUGUCAUAACAAUCGUAACCAGUGCUAUACGGAGCUUUUCAAAAAAGGUGUUCCAAAGGUGAAAUUGGUUAGUACUAUUGAGCUUUCGACUGGUAUGCUGGAGAAGGAGUCAAUGAAGGCAAGUGAAUUGCUUGCGGACAUCCGUCUUGCCUGGGAGCCUGAACAGUAUCUCGUGAACGACUCAUCCAAAGAAGCAGCAGCCGCGUUGAUUUUGGGUACCCGAAAUCGAGCUUUGGAGAAGACGAAAGGACAAAUACCAACUGAUGGCAUAUUUUUGAUCCGACCUUCAGCGUCACAAAUCAAUGAAAUCAGUAUGAGAAUGACUGACGUUUGGGAUCGUAUACGGGCGAAGGUCUUGCGUACGUUUGGAGACCAUGGGUUACUUUGUGAGGAGCAUAGUGUAUCUGGUGAUGGGCAGACUAACGUUAACGUUUUGCUUUUUUUCAGGUCACUAAAUAGCGACUACACGGAACUGAUGGGCGGUAGCGUUCCAUGCCCAUCAUGCAAGGGUACUGGGCGGAUUCCUAAAGAAAUGGAGGAAACACUGGUUGCUCUGAUUCCACUAAACGAUGAUCGUUUGAAGCCGAAACGAACUUGGUUUUGGGUUCUGAUAGGAAUAUCGAUAUGUUUCCUUAUCGCAUCCGGUGUAAUUUUCAUGCUAGUACCUCGAGCCGUCGACCUACAUAGUAACAAACCUGCCAUCAAUAUUAUCCACGUGACUGAACAUACGAUUCUUCCGCCCCGUAUCCGGUUUCAUUUCAUGAAUUAUUUAAACAUUUCUAAUGCGAACUACUAUAUUGUACAAGUGGUUAACACAUCUGCUACGAUCGUCUCUAAAUUCCAACCGUGGUCGAAUGAAGAAAUAGGCUCUGGAUUAAACACGUCAGUGGUUUCUGUGGCACCUCUUAGCACUGACAGAAACUUACUGAUGUUCAACAACUCAGUUACGCUGACCGACGUUGUAGCUGAAUAUUGCCAAGCGCCAUUCUCUCGUGUCACUUCGCUCUAUGUGAAUAUGCAGUUCGACAUCGUCGUCACUCUUGUCUACUUUAAUCAUUACGAAAAAGUCUCACUGUUAACAAAUCAGCAAGUCUGUUGUGUGCCAUCUGGUAAUUGCACUUCCACGUGA